GGCCUGGGAUGCGCUUGGGCUCCCUGGUGGGUAACGUGGGGAGCCAGGGGUUAGAGGGGAAAGAAGAGGGACUUCGAGGAAGGCGAGGGGAGGACCGAAGGUGGGGUGGGCGAGAGAGGCAGUGGGGUCCGGCCCAGGGGUCGGUCCCCGUGGGCUGUGGAACUCGGGGACGGGGGUCUUGGGGUUUCCCCCUUCUUGAUGGGGAAACUGAGGCCCAGAGAGGGGCCGCAGAAGGCAGCGGACUGGGAUCUCCUCCCGUAACACACACGGAGACAUCUAAAAAUCGUACUAGUUAGUGAAAAAUAUUUUUAAUCGUAAUUACGAUUUAACAGGCAAAGAUACUUUUCAUUGUAACAGGUGAAAAAGCAAAAUACAAAAUUCGAUUCAAACUGUGAUUACAUCUAUGGAAAAUACAGCCUUUGCCGACCACUCUCUUUGUCCCGCCGCCCUCUGUGCUCUCUGUUUUGUGUACGGAGUUUCUUACUUUGUACAAGUCCGCAGCCGCUUAUGUUACAGCCCCGAGGCCAGAUGCGUUUAAAAUCGAGGAGUUUUCGGAGUUUGGAAAGUUCGUUCCCACAUGCAGGGCAGCACAAGGAGAAUGGGCGUCAUGACUGAUGUCCACCGGCGCUUCCUCCAGUUGCUGAUGACCCAUGGCGUGCUAGAGGAAUGGGACGUGAAGCGCUUGCAGAGGCACUGCUACAAGGUCCAUGACCGCAAUGCCACCGUAGAUAAGUUGGAGGACUUCAUCAACAACAUUAACAGUGUCUUGGAGUCCUUGUAUAUUGAGAUAAAGAGAGGAGUCACGGAAGAUGACGGGAGACCCAUUUAUGCGUUGGUGAAUCUUGCUACAACUUCAAUUUCCAAAAUGGCUACAGAUUUUGCAGAGAAUGAACUGGAUUUGUUCAGAAAGGCUCUGGAACUGAUUAUUGACUCAGAAACCGGCUUUGGGUCUUCCACAAACAUUUUGAACCUGGUUGAUCAACUUAAAGGCAAGAAGAUGAGGAAGAAGGAAGCAGAGCAGGUGCUGCAGAAGUUUGUCCAAAACAAGUGGCUGAUUGAGAAGGAAGGGGAGUUCACCCUGCACGGCCGGGCCAUCCUGGAGAUGGAGCAAUACAUCCGGGAGACGUACCCCGAUGCAGUGAAGAUCUGCAAUAUCUGUCACAGCCUCCUCAUCCAGGUACCCGCGGGGCAGGGCACAGGAGCUCAUCACUGGGCCCUUGGCUCCCGGGGCUCUGUACAGGGUCAAAGCUGCGAAACCUGUGGGAUCAGGAUGCAUUUACCCUGCGUGGCCAAGUACUUCCAGUCGAAUGCUGAACCGCGCUGCCCCCACUGCAACGACUACUGGCCCCAUGAGAUCCCAAAAGUCUUUGACCCUGAGAAGGAGAGGGAGUCUGGUGUCUCGAAAUCGAACAAAAAGUCCCUGCGGUCCAGGCAGCAUUAGCCAUCGUGCCCUGCUGAGGGGCUGGCUGCCUUGAGUGGCCUGAUUGCCACAGCCUUUCUUGGAAGAGAGGCGUCCGUGUUUCAGGUUCCACGCGAGUCACCUCUUUCGUCUUAAUGUCCACUGUCCACAGCUUUGGAAUAAACCGUUCUGGGAAGUUGCUGCA